AGCGUGGGUCUUAUUUAAGGGGCUCUCCUCACUGUGAGCCUUUGUCCCAGUGGAAGCAUCCGUGUACCAGCACACCUUGACCACACCAGUAAAGCCUAAUCAUGUGUGACGAUGAUGAGACUACUGCACUUGUGUGCGACAAUGGCUCUGGCUUGGUCAAGGCUGGGUUUGCCGGAGAUGAUGCUCCCCGUGCUGUCUUCCCUUCCAUCGUUGGAAGGCCCCGCCACCAGGGUGUGAUGGUUGGUAUGGGUCAGAAGGACAGCUACGUAGGUGAUGAGGCCCAGAGCAAGAGGGGCAUCCUUACUCUGAAGUACCCCAUCGAGCAUGGUAUCAUCACCAACUGGGAUGACAUGGAGAAGAUCUGGCACCACACCUUUUACAAUGAGCUCCGUGUGGCCCCUGAGGAGCACCCCACUCUGCUGACUGAGGCCCCCCUGAACCCUAAAGCCAACAGGGAGAAGAUGACUCAGAUUAUGUUUGAAACCUUCAACGUUCCUGCCAUGUACGUGGCCAUCCAGGCUGUGCUGUCUCUGUAUGCCUCUGGCCGUACCACUGGUAUUGUGCUGGAUUCUGGUGACGGCGUAACCCACAAUGUUCCCAUCUAUGAGGGUUAUGCUCUGCCACAUGCUAUCAUGCGUCUGGAUCUGGCUGGUCGUGACUUGACUGAUUACCUGAUGAAAAUCUUGACUGAGCGUGGUUACUCUUUUGUCACAACUGCUGAGCGUGAGAUUGUGCGUGACAUCAAGGAGAAGCUUUGCUACGUGGCUCUUGACUUUGAGAACGAGAUGGCCACUGCUGCCUCCUCUUCAUCUCUGGAAAAAAGCUACGAAUUGCCUGAUGGUCAGGUCAUCACCAUUGGUAAUGAGCGUUUCCGUUGCCCUGAGACCCUCUUCCAGCCUUCUUUCAUUGGUAUGGAGUCUGCUGGCAUCCAUGAGACUGCCUACAACAGCAUCAUGAAAUGUGACAUUGACAUCCGUAAGGACCUGUAUGCCAACAAUGUGCUGUCUGGUGGUACCACUAUGUACCCUGGUAUUGCUGACCGUAUGCAGAAAGAGAUUACAGCUUUGGCCCCAAGCACCAUGAAGAUCAAGAUCAUUGCUCCACCUGAGAGGAAGUACUCUGUCUGGAUCGGUGGCUCCAUCUUGGCUUCCCUGUCCACUUUCCAGCAGAUGUGGAUCAGCAAACAGGAGUACGAUGAAGCUGGCCCCUCCAUUGUCCACAGGAAAUGCUUCUAAAGACAUAGCCACCCCUUUCCAUCCAUGCAUUUAUACUUUGUUGCCUACUGUAUAUACAUAUCUGUGUUCAAUUGUAAUAAAGAUAAGCCUUUG